GCAUGCAUAUAUGUGCUCGUAUGCCCAUCAAAACAUGCCCUUGGAUACAAGAAACUUGUAAAAUUUACCGAGGGAAAAGCAAGAAGGCGUUUGGAAAUAGAGGGAGGAAAAGAACAAGAGCAGAAAGAAGAAAGAAGAAGAAGCAGAAGUAGAAGUAGUUUAGGGUGAAGCCGUUGCUGUUUAUAUGAUUGUUGUUGUUGGUGAGAAGGUGACAUGAAUAAAUUCUAGCAGCACCAGCCGCCCUCCAAGCCGCCAAAGCGUUGAUAUACGCCAAGACAGGCCAACGACAGUGGGCAGAAAGCGGCAUGACUGCUUUCUCUGUGUUUCAUUGGUGCUCCGAUCCUCCGCUGUGUAAGAUCUGUGACUGUUCUUUGGCAUCUCAUUUGUGAACUUUUAUAUGUGUUUUAUGAAACGGGGUCGGGGAAGAGCCGGAGAAGAGCAAGGCAUAGCAAGGCGCAGAGAGUAAUUGCUUGAGCUUGAGCUUGAAUUGGGUAGAGUCUAAGGAGGGGAGGGAAGUGAGGAUAAAUGCGUGCAGGAGGUUGCACGGUGACACAGACUCUGACGGCGGAGGCCGCCAGUGUGGUGAAGCAUGCUGUGGCACUUGCCCGGCAGCGAGGCCAUGCACAGGUCACACCAUUGCAUGUCGCCGCCACUUUGCUUGCACCAGGAGCCAUGAGCCUCCUUCGCCGAGCUUGCCUUAAGUCUCAUCCCCACUCUGCUUCCCACCCUCUGCAAUGCCGAGCUCUGGAAUUGUGUUUCAAGGUGGCUCUCAACCGCCUGCCCACCACUGCCGGGCCUCUUAUGCAGCCUGGCCAACCGUCUCUUUCCAACGCUCUUGUUGCUGCUCUCAAGCGCGCCCAAGCCCAUCAGCGGCGGGGAUGUUUGGAGCAGCAGCAGCAGCCUCUUUUGGCUGUUAAGGUGGAGAUGGACCAGCUCAUCAUUUCCAUUCUUGAUGACCCUUCUGUUAGCCGGGUCAUGCGCGAGGCGGGCUUCUCUAGUACUUUCAUUAAGAACAAUCUUGAGGAUGAAACUUCCCUUGCAGUCAAUGUUAAUUUUCCGUCCUCCUUUCAUAACAGCAAUGAUGUUUCUGUCUCUAGAUCUGCUGCCAAAAUCAAGGGACUCAUGGCUGAGGCCAUGGAAAUGGGUUGUGGCGUGCUCUAUGGUCCCAAUAAUGGUGAUAUUGAUAAUAAUGGCAGGAUCAGUUUUUUCGAUAGUCCUGCGUUCAAGGCUCAUAGAAUCAUCGGUGGGUUUUCGAAAAGCGAGGAUGUAGAGAGCGUGCUUGAGGUCCUGGGUGGGAAGAAGACGAGGAGGAGUAAUAGUGUGAUUGUAGGAGACUGCUUUCUCACUACUGAAAAUGUCGUUAGAGAAGUUAUGGUUCGGUUAGAAAGAGGAGAUGUUCCAGAUCGGCUUAAGGGCGUGCAAGUCAUAAGUCCCCACUUUAGUACUGUCAGUCUAAGCAGGGAUCAUGUUGAACAGAAGCUUGCGGAGCUCAGAAGAACUGUUAACAGCUGCCUUAUUGGCGGCUCGGCUAUUAUUUAUGCUGGGGAUCUAAGAUGGGCAGUUGAUAGCCAUAGUAGCAAUGAUAAUCAAUAUAGGAAUAGUAAUUACUGUGGAGUUGAGCAUAUAUGUAUGGAGUUAGGGCGUAUGCUGGGCAGUCAUUCAGAGACUAGGAAGGUCUGGUUAAUGGCGACUGCAACUUAUGAGACGUAUAUGAGAUGCCAGAAGAGACAACCGUCUCUGGAAACUUUGUGGGGACUUCAGGCGGUUCCAGUUCCCUCUGGUGGCCUCUCCUUGACCCUUCAACCCAGUAUGAGUAGUCAAGAUGAAUCGAAGAAAAAUGGAUGUGAUGUUUUUAUUCCAAAUUCACACAAUCUCGUGUGGCCAAUGUUGAUGCCACCCUUAAAAUCCGUCAACAGUAACACAGAAGAUGAGCCGGCCGACAAGCUUAACUGCUGCUCCGAAUGCUCUGCACAGUUCGAAUCAGAAGCAGAAGUCAUCCGCGAGCAAGAACGAAGAUUGGUGUCAAGUGACGGCAAGUUGCCGCUGUGGCUUUUGCAAUGCAAAACCGACAGAGAAACUGUUCCAAUGCCCCAGGUGGAGACAAAGUUGAGACAACUGCGCAAGAAGUGGAACGAGGGAUGUCGUAGCAAGCAUUCCUAUUAUUCUGAAACGUUGAAGUUGCAGAGAUCUACGUUGGAAUUCCCAAGAGUAAACCCUCCUACUCCCUGGUGGUGCUCACAGUCGUCCUACGGACCGGAAGCAUCACGACACCAGGCCUGGCCCGUGGUGUCCACGUCAUUACCUGGAAUCAAUGCACCAACACCUCCUGCUCCUGCUCCUGCUCCUCCCGCUUUGUCAUAUCAAUUCUCAUGGAGUACACCUGAAAAUGUUGGGGAUUCGAGCACAGAGCGUACAGCCAGUGUGCAGGAUUCCCCCAGAUGCGAACAUGUCAAGACCACGCUCGCUCUGGGCUUAACCGACACCCAUUUCAAGGCUACCAAUCAUAGUGUCGAUAGCUGUACUGCAUCCAAGCACCUUCCCAUAGUCUCCUCCCAAACGAGACCAUUCGAUCCAGAAAGCGUAAAAGAAUUAACUGGAAUGCUUGCACAGAAGGUCCCAUGGCAAAGCGAGGCCGAUAUCCGUGCCAUCGCAAGUGCAGUUGUGGAAUCCAGAUCUGGCAUGGUGACAAGACAGAAGAGCGUCAAGGGGAACACUUGGUUGAUGGUCUUGGGCCCCGAUGAAAUGGGUAAACGGAAGAUGGCUCAAGCUCUGGCCCAAGUAAUCUUUGGUUCGCAGGAGAAGCUCCUUUGCCUUGGUGGUCCCUGCUCCCGGGGUCCAAUCCAUGACUCCAUUGUUGAUCACAUUUCCAGAGGCAAAAUAUACUUAGACAAGCUUACGCAGGCUAUAGGAAUGAAUCCUCACUGCGUGGUUCUGCUCGAGGACAUGGAGCAUGCGGACGUGCAUUUCAUGGGUGCGAUUAUGAGAGCUAUGGAAAGAGGAACACUCAUAGAUUCCUGCGGGAGGGAAGCCAGCCUGAGCAAUACCAUCAUAUUCAUGACGUCCUCCCUUGGAGCAAAGUAUUUCGCCAGUUCUAGUCCCGUAAAAGGGGUGCAAUUCAACGAAGAGAAGCUCUCCAAAGCAUCUGCAGAACCCUGUUGGGGUUUCAAACUUGUGGUGCAAAACCAAGCAGAAGUGAUGUUCGGACACAAUCUGUUUAAGCGUAAGACAGAAAGGGAUCCCAUGCAAGAGAAAGAAAGUGAUAAGAGGAAGAGAAUGUCCCCUGGCUUAGACUUGAAUGUGCACGCAGAGGAGCAAGGUGAUAAUCAAGUGGAACACAAUGAAGAAGCAGUGAGCGAUGUAACCCAGGAGACCGUCCUACAAAAUGACGCCCUCAGUGACCAAUUUCUUUCUUGUGCCCGGGCUUGCUUUUCUCAAAAGUUUUUACAGUCCCUGGACAAAUGUCUAGUCUUUCAUGCCUCUGAUUUCGCUGGGGUUUCAGAAUCCAUUCUGAACAAACUGCACAAUGGCUUUGGCCGAAGCACCAAUGGUAGAGGUUCCCUUGAAGUGGAAGGCAAGGUUCUGGAACGGAUGGUUUUAUGUUUUUGGGAGUUGGCUCCCUCUGGCUGCCAAACUUUCGAAAAUUGGGUGCAGGAUGUAUUCCAAGUGGGACUGGCACGAAUGCUUUCCAUGCACACUCUCACACCAAAAUCUGUUGUAAAACUCUCAGCCAACACUUAUAUUGGGGAUUGUCUCUAUGCCAAUACAAAACUUCCUGCAAGAGUCGAGGUCGAUCCUGCUAAUAAUUCAUGAAUAAUUAUUGGUGGGGAGCCUUGAUCGACGAUGAAAGAGAGUUAUUCAAGGAAACAGUCAUGGCCGAUUGGUGUAUAUAAAGGAAGAAAUUUGUGGUUACCAGUUCCACAGCCAGCUAGCAGAUUGGAAAAACUUCAUGCCAAAGUUUUACUACAUGAGAACACCUUCCAGAGAGUGGUUCUCCCAUGAUCAUUCAUUGACCGAUAGCUUUGUAAGCCGCCAUGAGGUUUUGUUCUUGAUCUGUGAUAUAAGUGAACGCUUAUAUUUUUAAUAAUAAUAAAUGUAAACUAAGAUAAAGAAUUCUAGAAGAAAAGCAUUUGGGUUUUUCACUGAAAUUCAACGGCCAUAGGAUUUUUCAUUGGUUGGAGAAUAUAUUAUAGAUGAAGCAGCUAAAUGCUUCUUUGCCUACAUUCUAUAUAUAUAUAUGUAGCAACUUAUUCUA